AUGUUACAACAAAUUUUUGAACCAACACCAGAUUCAACGUCAGCUUCAAAUUGUUAUACGACACCAUUUUCGGUAAAAGAUAUCUUAAACAUUGAUCAAACUACGGAUACAGAAGCCGAAGAAUUUAUUCAUAAUAAUAUGACAUACCGUUGUGAUAAUGACAACGAGAAUGGAUAUUAUUCAUGGCAGCAAGCACAACAAUAUGGGACCAAUAUUAUGGAUCAAACAGCUCCAUAUCAAUUUGCCACCCAUAUGCCUUACGAUCCAUAUUUUCCAACGAAUUAUAACGGUUAUUAUUAUCAACAAACUGUUCCAUCAAUGGAUUCAUCAUCGAAAAAUUCUGGUUCAGAAUUAGGCUUAAUGGAUAUUAGUGAUUCUGUGCAUCAAAAAGUGAUAAAUAGUGAUAAUACGAUAAUGAACGGUAACGAUUUUAUGAGUACGCCAGGAAGUAAUUGUUUAACAACGUCAUCGCAUGUUCAACAAUUGAGUACGUUAUGUUUGCCGUUUACUUCAACACCGGAAAAACGUGGAAAUAGUGCGGAAAGUCUUGUGGAACAAUAUCGAACUGGUGAUGUACAAGAAUGUGUAACGGGAAGUCGACUUGAUAGUCCAAAAAAUCAUGUAACCAGUUCCAAAACAGAAUUACGUAAAAAUGGACGACAACGUUGCAAACGAAAACCACGAAUAUUAUUUACACAAGCUCAAGUGUACGAAUUGGAACGUCGAUUUAAGCAACAACGAUAUUUAUCCGCACCAGAGCGAGAACAAAUGGCUGUCACAUUAAAAUUAACAUCGACGCAAGUGAAAAUAUGGUUUCAAAAUCGUCGUUAUAAAAAUAAACGAUUACGUUUACAAAGUAGUCAUGAUUUGAAUCAAAAUAACAAUAGUAAAAGUAAUUCCAUGUCGAAAAGUCAACAAAAAGUGAAAGAAAUUCCAAAUAAUGCAAUUGUUACAAGUAGCACGAAUAUUAAUACAUUUGGAAUGGAACAAACGCAAUUUAUUAUGACACCCUAUACACACAAUUCGACGUCAUCGUUCAAUAAUAGUAAUAACAGCCAAUAUCAUUCAGCGACGAUAAAUUCUCAUCAUCAGAUCCCGACAGCGUGUUAUGGUAGUUCAACAGAUUCUUCAUGUAAUCGAAUUUGGUAG